CGAAUGUCCUGCUGCACUCUCGAACAGACCUAAGAAGAGAUGGCAAAGUUUUUAUGCGAUGUUCAGAGUGAAAUUAAGCCGAAGAAGAAGGAGCAGGUGUUCUUGUCAGAAAAUUUGGAGAAAUGGGGGUUGACAGGGAUAAAACUCCGACCUUAUCAGUUGGAAGGUGUGAACUGGCUUGCACAAUGUUUCACAAAUCAGAAUGGCUGUAUCCUGGGAGAUGAAAUGGGGCUGGGAAAGACCUGUCAAACAGUUUCUCUGCUUGUAUAUAUUUCUGGAAAACUGGGUAAAAAUGGUCCUUUUCUCAUUCUGAGUCCACUAUCAGUAAUAAGCAACUGGACAGAGGAGUUGCAACGGUUUGCUCCAAAACUUUCAGUUGUAGUUUACACUGGAAACAAAGACACAAGAGAAAAGCUGCAAAGAGAUCUGAAAAACCAUUCUGAUUUCAAUAUAUUGCUGACUACAUAUGAACUUUGCCUUAAAGAUUGUCAUUUUCUUAACAGUUUCAACUGGAAACUUUUAGUUGUGGAUGAAGCACACAGGCUGAAGAACCAGAAUUCUUUAUUGCACAGGAGGCUGUCUGAGUUUUCAUUAGGGUUCAAAGUGCUGUUAACAGGGACACCUGUACAAAAUAACCUGCAAGAAAUCUACUCCCUUUUGAACUUUAUUGAACCACAACUGUUUCCAAGUGAUAGAGAAGAUGAUUUUGUAAAAGGCUACAAGGAUGUGCAGUCACAGAAAGAUAUAGCCCAUGAUCUCCACUGCCUUCUACAGCCAUUUCUUCUUCGCAGAGUGAAAUCGGAAGUUGCUGCUGACUUGCCAAAGAAGACUGAGCUAGUAAUAUACCAUGGCAUGUCUGCACUUCAGAAAAAGUACUACAAGGCAUUCCUCAUGAAAGAUCUUGAUGUUUUUGACCAUGAUGGAGGCAGCAAAGCCAGACUAUUAAAUAUUCUAAUUCAACUCAGGAAAUGUGUGAACCAUCCUUAUUUGUUUGACGGUGUUGAACCAGAGCCUUUUGAAAUGGGUGAACAUUUGGUAGAAGCCAGUGGGAAGCUACAUCUACUGGACAAGAUAUUAGGUUUCUUGAAGGAUUGUGGACAUCGAGUUUUACUGUUUUCUCAAAUGACACGUAUGUUGGACAUCCUGCAGGACUAUAUGGAAUAUCGAGAUUACAGCUAUGAGCGCUUAGAUGGUUCUGUGAGGGGUGAGGAAAGGCACUUGGCCAUUAAGAACUUCAGCAGUAAGGAUGUUUUUGUGUUUCUUUUGAGCACCAAGGCAGGUGGAGUUGGCAUGAAUCUGACUGCCGCAGACACAGUGAUAUUUGUAGACAGUGACUUUAAUCCUCAGAAUGAUCUACAAGCUGCUGCUCGAGCACACAGGAUUGGUCAGAACAGGCCUGUAAAGAUAAUUCGCCUCAUUGGUAGAGAUACCGUGGAGGAAAUAGUGUACAGACGCGCUACAUCAAAGUUGAAGCUGACCAACACUGUCAUAGAAAGUGGACAGUUUUCUUUGCGGGAUUCACCUCUUUCGGUUUUGGAGGAUGUGCAGUUAAGUGAAAUUUUGAAGUUUGGAGUGGAUAAGCUUUUGGCAUCUGAAGAAAGCACCAUCCAGGAUGCAGACCUUGAAAUGAUCCUAGGCAAAAGCGAGAAAGGCAUGUGGGUUUCAGAUGCUUCCCCCACUGUCUCUGAAGCAGAAGGCUCUAAACCAGAAGACCAGACCCACAUGUAUUUGUAUGACGGCAAGGAUUAUUCGAAAGACCCAAGUCCACAGGACAGAAAAGCCUUUGAUCAGCUAGUGGAGCUGGAACGGGCCCUACUUGAUGCCACAGGGCAGGGAGGAAGAGCACUUCGCAACAAGUCCAGUAUUCUUCUUAGUGGAGAUGUAAAUGUCCAGACACGUCGCAAGAGAAUUCUUUCUCCAGAGGAGCUUGAAGAAAGGCGCAAAAAGCGUCAGGAGGCUGCAGCAAAAAGGGCAAAGCUUUUGAAUGAAAAGAAAUUGAAACAAGAGGAGGCAAAGCUCAAAAAAAAGCUUGCAUGGUGGGAAUCAUGUGGCUAUAUCUCCACAUGCUUGCAGUCAGAAGACAGUGAAGAAGAGUCAGUAGAUGAGGAGAACAGUGAUGUCGAUCUGAGUCUGGGGUUAGAAUUGGAUGAACCUGAUCAAAUGGCCAUACAUUACGUCAUGGGAGAUGUCACUCACCCCCAGGCCUCCAAUGAGGAUGCCAUAAUUGUGCACUGUGUUGAUGACUCUGGACACUGGGGCCGUGGUGGUCUUUUCACGGCACUGGAGAUACGCUCUGACCAACCUAGAAAGCAUUAUGAACUGGCAGGAGAAAUGAAAGACCUUCGACUUGGAAGUGUGUUACUGUUUCCUAUUGAUGAGAAAGAGUGCCGUGAUGCUGGACAGGACCAGCUGGCGCUGAUCGUGGCUCAGCAGAGGGAUAAGGCAAACAAUCUGUCUGGAAUAAAGCUUUCUGCACUGGAGGAAGGACUGAAGAAGAUUGCUAAAGUGGCCAAGCGUAAAAAAGCAAGUGUUCAUCUCCCACGAAUUGGCCAUGCAACCAAAGGCUUUAACUGGUAUGGAACCGAAAGACUGAUCCGCAAGUACCUGGCUUCCCGAAAAAUCCCAACGUAUAUAUACUACUUUUCUCGCAAGACUAACACUUCUAUCACCCCAGCUCCCACACCCAGCAGCAAGUCUGAUAACACUGAUGGAUCUCAACAAGCAGGGCCCUCAGCGCAGAGCCUUCCUGAUUUCAUGUCUGGGGUCACGGUUUACUUUUAUAAUAUGCCUGCCACAGAGAGGAAGAUUCUGGCACGUUAUUUGAUCUCUUAUGAUGGUAAUGAAGAUGAUGUCUUGAGCAAAGAUAUCACCCACAUUGUGGCAGUGGUGGAAAGUGCACUGCAUACUGAGGAGCUGAGGUCUAUGAUCCAGGACUAUCCAGCAGCAGUAGUGGUUCAGUCAAAGUGGUUGGAGACAUGCUUUUCUGGGCAGAAGAAAGUGUCAUCUGCUCCCUACCAAGUACCGCUAAGCUGAUGUGAACUGUCAAAUUUGGCACUAUUGUUAUAAUGUUACAACCUUAAUUAAUCAAAUUCAGUGUAUUACUGUGGAGACAGCCACUCCUCUAGAUGAUCCUGGUGCACUGGGAGAUUUACCUUCAGUUCAUACAAAACCAUAAGAAGGAGUCAGCGUCUGGUGGGUCUGUACUUGUGCUGUAUUAGCAAAGUGGAUGAUCGGGUGGCCAUUGCAUUGUAUGGUGAAGCACAAAGCUGUACCGUCAGUCCCAAUUACCAGCUCACUUGCUGAAAAUGAGCAAUUUACUUCAUGUUUUAGGGUGGAAAAUGGACAGUGCUCUUGUAAUGUAAUCAUCAUUUAAAUAAACACAUGAUCAGUAAAUAUAA